AUGUCAUCCGCCGCGCUCGCGUCCGUCGGCGCGCGGCCGCGCGUCGCGCCCGGACGUCGCGUCGCCGUCGACGCGCGCAGGGCGACCGCCGCUCGCCGCGGCGUCUCCGCGACCGUCCGCGCGUCCGCGCUGAACGACAGGAUCGUCGACGACGCGAACGCGGCGUUCGCCAUCCCGGGAAGCGUCGAGUUCGUCGCCGGCGAGGGCGGGCUCCCGAAGUGCGUCCUGACGCACAAGAACGGCGGCAGCGCGGAGGUGUACCUCUUCGGCGCGUGCGUCACGUCCUGGUGCCAGCCGUCCGGAGACGACGUCCUGUACGUCCGCCCCGACGCCGUGUUCGACAAGUCGAAACCGAUCAGCGGCGGCGCGCCGCUGUGCUUCCCGCGGUUCGGCCCGUCGGACGAGAUGCAGCAGCACGGGUUCGCGCGUAACUCGGACUGGACCGUGAUCUCUUCCUCCGCGGACCCGAACCCGGACGACCCGGAGCCGUCCGUGAUGUUCAAACUACGGGACAGCGAGUACACGCGCGAGAUGUGGGACCACGCGUUCGAGGCGACGUACGAGGUGACGCUUCGACGCGAGAGCCUCCGGAUGGAGUUUUCCGUGCGCAACCCGCUCGCGGAGGAGCGCAAGGGACGCCACGAGGACGCGCCGUUUGACUUCACCGCCGCGAUUCACACGUACAUCGAGGUCGCGGACGCGACGUCGCCGAACGUCUUCGCGCGCGGGUUGAUAGGGAAGAAUUACAUCGACAAAGCGAUCGACCCGAACGUCGUUCACCCGGAGAUUUGCGCGGGCGACGUCGUCUUCGGGACGUCGCUCUGCGACAAGGUGUUCCUGAAGACGGAGCCCGAGACGGACUUGCACGUCGGCACCGGCGCGGCGGUGUGCGUGGAGAACACGCGGGGGUGGACGGACACCGUCGUGUGGAACCCGCACGAGACGCUGAACAUCGGCGACGCGUGGAAGAAGUUCGUGUGCGUCGAGUCCGCGGCGGUGAGCGAGAAGAUCGUCCUGGACAGCGGGAAGGUGUGGACCGCGGAGACGAACAUGUUUGUCGCGGACGUGGACUGA